CCUGUUGCUAGGGUUAGGGUUAGAGAGAGAGAGAGAGAGGGGGGGCUGUCAGAUCCAUGUACAACGUCACAUCUCGAUGUGAGAGGAAGAGAGAACAGCACAAGCGUGAUUAUGUGGCUCGCCAAAACACUCUCCAAAAGGACGAGAGGCGCAGAGAAGCGGUCUGCACCCUGAGCGGGAUUAGAGGAUUAUUGUUUGCCUUCUUUUUAAACAACAACUGAGCUAAUAAGGUUUUAAUGUGCCCUUAAAAUCUGAUUUUAUGAAUGAUGGCUGAGCCUCUGGAAUCAUUCAUCCAAACUUUUUAUUAGGCCAAGAGUGGAUUUAUAAAAGCAGUAUCUGUCGUUUUUACCGGAAUACCAUCGCCCACGUUUUGGAGUGUUUUUACGCACAGCCCUCUCGUGUUUGGAUAAGCCAGCACAUCGUCACUGCAAACUUUCCGAAGAGUGUUGGAACUUUUUCCGUGCGCUGUCACACAUUUGGAGUCAUCCAGCCUGCGAGAUUUCUCAAGCGGAUCAUCUGUCUCACGUCUAGCUCGUGGCUGUAAACAGCAGCGCGGGGUUGCGCAAAGCUUCCGCAGACUGCCUCCUAAACGCGGGGUCGGCAUCGUGCAUGCUCUUUCUCCGUCUGUUUUGAAUUGUUUCUCGACUCUGGACGACAGUACCAUCCGCCAUCUGACAUGCUGCCCCUGUCCCCGCUCUUGCUCCUCGUUUUCCCCGCUGCGCUCUUCGUGGCCGCGCACGGCGCAGGGGACCUCCAGGGUUUCACCUUACCCGGCGGGAGCGCAAGCUUCGACCCAACAGACCCCUGCAUGGUGGUGUAUCCACCAUGCAUCAGCGAGGCGGAUCGCUACAGCCUGGAGGCCCUGCGGAGCAUCCACCAGAUGAUGGACAAUGACCAAGACGGAGGGAUUGAGGUGGAGGAGAGUUUGGAGUUCAUCAUGGAGGACAUGAAGCAGCAGCAGACCAACAAACACAGCCACCUGCACAGAGAAGACCAACACAUCACAAUUGAGGAGCUCUGGAGGGGCUGGAAGUUGUCGGAAGUCCAUAAUUGGACUCAGGAUGACGUGCUUCGCUGGCUGAAGGAUUUUGUUGAGUUGCCCCAGUACGAAAGGAACUUUAAGGACUUUAAGGUCAAUGGAAACACACUCCCCAGGAUUGCAGCCAAUGAGCCAUCCUUCCUGAGUGGCCAUCUGAGGGUUCAGGACCAGAGAGACAAACAGAAGCUCAACAUCAAAGCUCUGGACGUUGUCCUGUUUGGACCGCCUACACGACCCCCUCAUAACUACAUGAAGGACCUGCUGCUCAUUGUAUCGGUGGUGAUGGGAGUUGGAGGCUGCUGGUUUGCCACGGCCCAGAGCAAAUCCAGUAAAUUCCACAUAGCCAGGAUGAUGAAAGAUUUGGAAAGUCUUCAGAGGGCUGAGCAGAGCCUCAUAGAUCUGCAGGAACAACUUGCAGAGGCGCAGAAGGAAAAUCGCAACGUCGCAGAGGAGAAACAGAAUCUGGAGGAGAUGAUGAGGGAUGAGAUCAUGGGGGCGCAGGAGGAGGCUUACCGCCUGCACGAGCUGAGGCAGGGAGCCGUCGGCGAGCUCAGCCGCCUCCGAUACGCAGAGGAGGAGCUGGUGCAGGUCCGCGGGGCACUGAAGCAGGCGGAGAAGGACAUGCAGGCUAGCUCGACUGCCUCCGAGGCCCUCCAGCUGUGGUUGCAGCUGACGCAUGAGGUGGAGGUCCAGUACUACAAUGUCAAGAGGCACAGAGCAGAACUACAGCUUGCCAUCGCCAAGGAAGAGGCAGAGAGGAUUAAGAAGAAGAGGAGUUCUCUGUUCGGGACUCUCCAUGUCGCACACAGUUCCUCUCUAGACCAAGUUGACCAGAAGAUCCUGGAGGCAAAGAAUGCCUUGUUUGAAGUAACAGCCUGCCUGCGGGAGCGCCUCCAUCGCUGGCAGAAAAUCGAGCACCUCUGUGGUUUCACCAUCAUUAGGAAUCCCGGCCUGUCGAACCUCACUGCUCAGCUCUACUCGGACUCGAUCGGCCUGGGGUUUCCCAGAGUGGCCCAGCCAUCUUGGUCUUCUCACAGCUCCGUCCCUGGAUCUAUGGAGGAUUUGUUAGAAGGGUCUGCUUCUCCAAUUAUAUCUCAGAUGCCAGUUCAACCACUGAAGCGCUCUCCUCAAACACGUGGAUCCACCAUAUGUCGGUUACAUCGUCCCGGCACGAUCACUCAGCCAGCGGCCGCCAUUAUCGCCCCAGACCCAGACCUUCUUAUCCCCACCCGAGCACCAUACCCUUGUGAGGAGGAGGGGCUCUUCCCGAAAACUCUAAAGAAACAAGAUUCCCAAGAGAUGUUUUCAGACACAGAAUAUAUGACUUCAUCUCCUCUCAGCAAAAUGUUCCCUACUCCUACUGUUGACACGUCCUCUCAAAAGCUCGACCAUGAUGAAACUGAACUGCUUUCGGACAGCUCCAUUACAAAGCAUUUGAAUAAAGAAGUAGAAGCUGUUGUUGAAUCUCCAGUUCGCAAAACUUCGGCAGGAGAACUUGAAGCUUGUCUAGACACAAGCUGCAGAAAGAUGGCAAAAGACAGAGUGUUGGACACUUCUUUGGAAACCCCUUUUUUUAAGAUCUCAAAAGAAGAAUCUUUGAUCGAGGCUACAUCAAGGAAGAUAUCCAGAGACAGGAGGGAAGCUCCCAUGGAUGCUGCAGUUCGAAAGGUGCUUUCCAAUGAGUUGGAUGCGGAAUUCUCCGGCAGGAAAGUAGAGAGAGAUACAAUGGGAGAUUUGAGGGACACUGCUUCAAGGAACGUAUACAGAGAAAGAAGUGAUUUACCUCUAGACAUGAGAAAAAUCAUUUGGAAUGAAUUAGAAGCAACAACAGAUGCGGCACCUAGGAAGAGUUCAAGAGAUAUGAUGGUGGCUUCAAUGGACAGCGCCUCAAGAAAGAUAAUACGAGAUGAUGUUGAACAUCCUUUUCACUCAGUGCCCAGAAGGAUUACAAGAGAUUCAAUAGGAACGUCCUUCGACUCUGGUGCUAGAAAGUUUUCAUGGAAUAAUGAAGACUGUCAGCUUGAUUCCUCUGUGAGGGCGUUAGCAAUGGACGAAAUGGUUGAGGCCACUAGAACACCACCAAGAAAGAUAUCCAUAGAUGAGCAGGAGUAUUUUACAGAUACUGCUUCCACAAAUUUGCAGCCCAGAGAGAGAUUUGAAGCACUUAUGGAUAUCUCGUCAUCCACAGAGAAGCAAGAGUUCGGUUUAGGACCGUCAACAAGUGGAAGGAUACUGAGAGAUGAACUUGAGAUGUCUGCUGGUUCUCUCAAAAGGAGAAUACCAAGAAUGCCAAGAGUCGAAAUUGACACUUCCAUAGACACUCCCACAGGAAAAAUCUCCUGGGAAAUAGUUGAUGUUCCAAUGGAAAUACCUAAACAAUCAAUACUCAGGGAGGAGUUGGGAGCGUUUGUAUCAAGUUCAUAUCAAGGUGGAAUAGGACAACCAGACCUUACGGUAACCUCCCAGGUACCAUGGAAUUCGUCAUCAGACCUUUUGCCUGGCCCGCUGAGUCAGCUUGUGUAUGAUGGAAUCCUUGAGAAGUCCUGCCACUCCGGAGCUAGGAAACCAUCCAGCCUCUCUGCCUCAACACCAAACCUGCCCCAGAGCAGGCUGCUAGCAGAGGUGGAGCCACCAUUGCCACCCUCCAAGAUUUCUUUCCCAUCUCCUGCAUCGCCCCUCGAGACUGGAGAUGAGAAGAAUAAACAUAAGGAAAAGAGCAAGAAAUCUUUGAAGCUCAAAAAUCCUUUCAAAAAGAAAACUGAGUCCACUCCAGAGAAGCCUCAAAGUGGUCUACAAAAACUCUGACGACUAGCUUAGAAUGUUUCCCCUUUUUUUAUUGAACUUGAAAAUGAGAGUUUCAGAACCUCAUUGAAGAUAUCUGGCAUGGAAAGCUGAAGUUGAUUUAUUUUUGAUUAUUAAGUCUUAUGUCGACAUAUAGUUGAUACCAUAUAUCAUAUUAGCUGCAGUUUUUUGAGGCUUUGCCUAUUGUUGAAGUAUGAAAUUGUGCUGCUUUUCUGUAUAACAGAGGCAAUGCUUGAACAUUCAACAUAAACGUCCAAUGAAGACAUUUGAAGACAACAGUUUUGAUUAUUUCACAUGAGAGAUUUCUGUGUUGCUUGUGUUUUUCUCUGUGUUCAUCUCACUGGUUUGAAGUAAAAAAACGAGAUGUAACAUAUCUCAUGCACCAAUCAGGAUUUAUAAACGUUUCAAUCAGUGGCGUGCCGUGCAUUUUAUACCUGGGCCUUCACUACUGUCCUGCAGCUGAAAUACCACCUU